AUGGCCCAACUGGAACAAGGCCAACCCAAGGUCCUCGACAUGAGCCCGGUGCAGUCGACUAUCGAUGCCGCCGCGAAGAAGCGCAAGCGCACUCGCAAGGUCUACACAGACAAGAAGUUUGUUUGCAGCCAUGAGGGCUGCGGGAAGAGUUAUUCCCGUGCUGAGCAUCUCUACCGUCAUCAAUUGAACCACACCCCCAAGCAAAUCUACCGGUGUGAUUUCCCCGAUUGCUACCGGUCUUUUGUGCGUCAGGAUCUCUGCAUCCGGCACCGGGAACGACACACUACAAGGGGUUCCCAGUUGCAGAAACGCGAUCACUUCGCCCAGACUGCUUCCCAUCAUGGCAAGCCAUUGGUCCCUUCCAAUGCUCCCUCUAGCGCUCCUCCUACUACACUGCCCUCCUCCAACAUCCUGCCCGCAACAAGCAACCCAGAAACACCAUCCACGGUGCCUCUCGGAACAUAUCAAUACAUGCCCGACUAUCCUUUCCCCCGGCCGCAUAGCUCGACCAACUACACCCUAGCUUCUCCCGCCGCUCAAUCCACCACAUCCUUUCCUCCGUAUGGCCCGGUCAGUGACCGCUCGUCAUCCCAUACUCCCAUUAGCGAUCUGGGGCAGGAUCCCCAGCAAUUUGGGACGCCUGUGUCGACGGCUACCACAUCACAAACAAUCCCUACCUCGUAUCAACCCUUUUCUACUCCCGAUAUGAACGGAAACUCCUUUAAUCCGACCACGACCUACGACUCCCAGCCGGGUAUGACCAUUCCCGUCACAUACUCGGAUCUCUCUCUGGCUACUAGCACCGCCCCAACACCGACCACCCUGAGUGGGCUCGACUCCAGCCUGAUGGCUCCCGGGCCAACAGCGACUGAUGCCGGUUUUGAUCCCAUGUCUCCCUGUGCAUACCCCAUGUUUGGCGGCGAGACCUACAACCGGUCUCCGUUUGCCAUGGCGGAUGACUUUGCCGCAUGGCUGUUCAACGAGCCGGGCCAAAUGGCCACCCCUCCUCCAUCCACAACAUCGCCGUCCUUGGGAGGGUUUGCACCACUGCCACCGUCAGUGGCACCGACACCAACAACCGGGAUGAUGCCGGGAUACCUUGACACAAUGCAAAUGUCGAAUUCUUUUUUAGUGAACGACCCUGCUUGCCAGGGGCUUUUACUCAACAACAUGCUGCCGACCCAGCAGCAGCAUCCUAUGAGUGUCACCAGUAUCCUGGACACUGGAUCGCCACAGGCCGUCCUAUCGGGGGAAAAACGCCAGGAUUUGCUUCAAUUGAUGUCCACCCGUUUCAACGAGGCGGCAUAUUCUGCGGCGGCUAAGCGUAAGGACUCGCUGAUGCAAGGUAACCUGGACGAUGACCACCAUGUUCUCAGUCUGCGCAUGAUGCAUACAUACAUCGGAUCUUACUGGUACCACUUCCACCCCCAGCUACCUAUCCUGCAUCAACCAACGUUUUCUGCAGAUGAGACGCCCAACCUGCUCCUUUUGGCUAUUAUUGCCAUUGGGGCUGCUACGCUGGACAAAGUGCACGGGUCCGUGACUGAGGCGUCCGCACAAUUGGCCGAUUUUAUCGCCUGGCACCUGCGAUGGGAGCUGUUCAUGGAUGCUGACUUCCGUCCACCCGCUAAGCUGUGGAUCUUCCAGGCUUUGUUGCUGCUGGAGGUCUACGAGAAGCGGUUUUCUACUCGAGCCCUUCACGAGCGGGCUCAUAUCCACCACGACACGACCUUGACUUUGAUGCGUCGCGGCAGCUCCCUUAUUGGAAAGGAUGCAUUUGGUAACAUGCACGACGGCGCUGGUCACUCGCGAUUUGGGUCGACGUCGACAGUGGCUGAUGACUCGUGGUCGAACUGGAUCAAGGCUGAAGGUACUCGACGUGUUGCAUUUGCUGCGUUUGUGCUGGACUCGACGCACGCAACCAUGUUCGGACACUCGGUUAAGAUGGUGGCCCAUGAGCUGCGGCUGCCCUUGCCGUGCGACGAGGCGCUGUGGUCCGCAACUACCUCUGCAGAAGUAGCCCGGAUGCAGUCCAGCCUGAAAGCCAACGGCGUCAAGCCCGUCCUGUUCCUGGACGGGCUGAAGAAGACACUCAACGGCGAGUCUGUCCGUACCAACGCCUUUGGUCGAGCAAUCCUCAUGUCCGGAUUGCUCAGCGUCAGCUGGCACAUGAACCAGCGGGAUCUGCAGGUCAGUUCGCUGGGAGUGCCGCAAGCCCUGGGAGGCCGCGACAAAUGGCGGUCGUCGCUGCUGCGGGCAUUCGAUAACUGGCGCCGCGACUACGACGAAGCCCUGGGACAGGGCUCGCUCUUCUCGUACCACGCCAACCGCUUCGCCGCAGAAGAUCCCGUGCUGGAUUCACGGGAUGCACUGCACGCGCUGGCACACAUGGCCUCGCACGUGGACAUUGUCGACUGCCAGAUCUUCGCAGGCGCAGGUCGACUCCUGGGCCGCUCCAUCACCACGCGGGACUACAGCGCCGCGCGCGAGAAAAUGACAAGCUGGGCAACCAAAGCGUCCGCACGGGAUGCGACGUUUUACGCUCUAAAGAUCCUUUCCAAGUGCCUCCUCCCCGAACAAACCUCGACUUUCUGGUCCAACGAAACCACCUCUACCUACUCCGCCCGCAACGACUACCUCCUCAACCGCCCGUGGGUGCUCUACAUGGCGGCCUUGGUAGUCUGGUCUUACGGCUACGCUCUGGAUGGAUCGCUGGCACCAGUGUCACUGAACAGCAAAGCGGAACAAGCGGCCGAUAUGCACUCGUUCCUGCGGCGGGUCGGGGGCGCGCGGGACCCGAAUGAGCUGGAGCACAUGGGCGGACGGAAUCAGAGUCUGGGGCUGUUGAUGAUUCUGCGGGAAAGUUUUGUGGACAGUCGGUGGGAGUUGAUUCAGGAGGCGGGGGAGCUGGUAGGGCGUUGUAUUGGGAAGUUGUGUGGGAGCAUGUGA